AUUCACCGGGACCGGAGUCUGCGACCCGGGCAGCCACGUCGAGAGACCGUGAACAUGAAGGAGGUUUCUUGCAUUGCUGGAGAACGGUCGGAGUGCUCAGAAGUUUCAACUAAGGUGUUCAUGGAGACGGUCGUACCGCACCGGGAUGGGUGAUGACGUUCAGGAGCGGAGCCGGCUCAAUGGAAUAUGCUGCUAAUUGGAAAUCACUGGCCUGCCCAUCAACAACAAACUGGUCCCAGCGGAAGAGACGCUGUAGACUUGCUUUGGGAAGGCAACGUCAAUUAGUUGGCGUUUGCGUGGCGUCCGUCGUUAUUCUGGUAUGUUUAAAACUCGGUCUAUCGGAUCCUCUCGGCCGGGCCCCAGAUAUACACCAUAACCCGCCCCCGGACGUGACGCUCCUAAUAUGGGCACAACCUUUCGAACGGAGCCGCCCGCUUCCGGACUGCCAGGCUCUCUACGACAUCAGCGGGUGUCACCUGACGGAGGACCAGGACGAGUACUCGGAGGCCGACGCCGUGAUCUUCCAUCACCGGGAGAUCGCCACCCACGCGACCGAACUCCCCACGGACCCCCGGCCGCACGCCCAGAAGUGGAUCUGGAUGAACUUCGAGUCUCCGACGCACACGCCGGGACUGUGGGAGCUAGAGGGCGUGUUCAACCUCACCAUGACGUACCGCAGCGACUCGGACAUCUUCCUGCCCUACGGGUUCCUGGUGCCCGUCCCCCGGCGGACCCAGGGCCCCCCCGGGCUCGCGGCCCCCCUCUCCCCCUCGUCCCGCCGCCCCCGGCUGGUGGCCUGGGUGAUCAGCAACUGGUCGGAGGCGCAGGCGCGCGUGGCCUUCUACUACCAGCUGGUGCGCCACGUGCGUGUGGACGUGUUCGGGCGCGCGGGCCGGGCGCUCCCCGAGGGGGGCGGCGGCGGCGGCGGCGGCGGCGGCGGCGGCGUGGUGCGGCUGGCGCGGCGGUACCAGUUCUACCUGGCGCUGGAGAACUCGCAGCACACGGACUACAUCACGGAGAAGCUGUGGAACGCGGUGGCGGCGGGGGCGGUGCCCGUGGUGCUGGGCCCGCCCCGGGACAACUACGAGCGCUUCCUGCCCCCCGAGGCCUUCAUCCACGCCGACGACUUCCCCUCGGCGCGGGGGCUGGCGCGCUACCUGCUGCUGCUGCACUCCAGCCCCGCCCUGCUGCGGCGGCACCUGGCCUGGAGGCGGAGCUACCGCGUCCAGCAGCCCGCCUUCUGGGGCGAGCACUACUGCGCCGCCUGCCGCGCCGUCGGGGACCUGAGGGGCCGGACCAACCGGGUCACUCACCUGGCCCGCUGGUUCCACUCCUGAUUGGAUGGCUAGGUCAGCUCCUGAUUGGACGGCUAGGUCAGCUCCUGAUUGGCCCGCUGGUACCGCUCCUGAUUUGAGGACGGUUCAGCUCCUGAUUGGACGGCUAGGUCAGCUCCUGAUUGGACGGCUAGGUCAGCUCCUGAUUGGCCCGCUGGUUCCGCUCCUGAUUGGACGACGGUUCAGCUCCUGAUUGGACGACGGGCGACUAGGAGAACACGAUGAGGGAAUCACAACGAGGACUGUGUGUGUGUGUGUGUGUGUGUGUGUGUGUGUGUGUGUGUGUGUGUGUGUGUGUGUGUGUGUGUGUGUGUGUGUGUGUGUGUGUGUGUGUGUGUGUGUGUGUGUGUGUGUGUGUGUGUGUGUGUGUGUGUCGAGCCUAGAUACUACCGUUUAUCAAAAGGGUUCUUCCGCCCUAAACAGAGAAGAGUUUCUGUCGUCUGCGCGGACGAACGCACGGCUGGGUCCACCGAGGCGGUCCCAGCCACACAGUCUGUGUUCCCCCAGACCCUCCCUGGCCUCAACGUCCCAGCGUUCCCAGAAUCCUCUGGUUCCAGAACACUGCGCUGCGCUCCGACGGAGAGCGUCUGAUUGGCUCUGUGGGAGGGGGGGGGGUUAUGAGGCCCACACACCACCGCGCUCCGACGACAGGCCCGGCUUGUUAGCGUGAAGAAGCAGCUUCACACACACACGCACACACACACGCACGCAAGACACACACGUGCGUUAUUGUCUUUCUGGGUUUGUACUUGGCCUGACUGUGAGGGGCCACUUGGGGAACAUGGAUCUAUUUAAACGUGUCUAUCUUUCAGUCGGGGCCUAAUAAGCUGUUAAAACCGCCAGCAGCCUGAAAUAAAUGUAGAUCUCCCCGAUGAGAGAGGAACAAAGACCUAGAGAUACAGAACUACACCGCCCGUAUGAGCUGGGGCUUCAGGUUAGCAUGGCAAUGCAUGGCUACCAGCUCGAGAUUGUCACUCUAUUAUGAGCAGGUAGCUUUGCAUUAGCAUCAUGUGUAAAUCAUACUGUGCUUGCUCAUGUUAUCCAAAAAAGGUGACCAUAUUUGGUCAUGCAUUUCCUGUACACUUUUGUUUGGAUGCGAUCCAUUCUCUGUUUAGUUCUGGGGCAUGAAGAAGGCACCGGGAAGCACUCCAAUCACCUCUCAUCAUCUCUCAAGUGUCUUUUAACACAGCCACAAGGGCCGUAUGAUCAUCAGAGUAUUAUUUAAAGUAUAGCUGAAUGACAUUCAAUGAUUUAAAAAUAUUUAAUGCAACCAUGUUCUCUGUGUGUAUGUGUGUCUCGUCGACCUUUCAUUGUUGUUCAGGAGCAACAAUGAAAGGUUGUUUCAAAACAUCUGUCAUGUGUUAGCUCUGCUUCCUUCGGCACACGGGCGUCAGACAGCCUUCAGCGGCAUAAAUACAAACAGUCAGAGGUGAACGGGGCGUUAUUGAUCAAUCAAAGGUUGGACCUCAAACCGAUGGUUCUUAGAUGUCCAUUGUUGUUCCUUGUGAGGAUCACUCUUGGGCUGACUGGGUAUAGGCCAUGGUAGAAAAACAGAAUUUCCAGAUGAUAUGCAAAAUAAAGAAUCUUAAUUUAUUAAUGAGUCCGAUUCCAUUGCUCAACAAAUAUUCAAUAUUCAAAGAUUAUUGUUGAAUAUGAAAGAUAUAAAGAUUGAUAAGACAGAUCAAGACAAUCAGGGUCUAAAGCCAAUGUUCUUUUCCAGCCAAAACCAGUCCAAGGUCCUGGUCCUUUCCUUUUAAGGAGCACACAGCAUACACCAAUCGAUUGAUCAAUCAUCAAUGAACAAAACAAACUCAAGCACACGCACGCACACAAUGCUGAAAACAACAAGUAAAUGAAAACAAAGGAAUUGGCUCCUACAGUUCUUACAGUUAUAGUAUUGUGUGAUGUGAACAUCACUAACAACAUGGGAACAUGCCAUCGUCUGAAUGAGUAUUCUGUUGUGUCAAAGCAAGUUAAUAAAUAUUGCAUUUGUCUUGGUUAUAAGGUACCGGUUAUUAAGCUGUUGCUAAUCAUUCUACAGAGAAACCCAAAGUCCACUUCCUCCGUAACCAGUCCUGCUCGGUUCAUUGUAACGUAUCAGCGUUGUCAGGUUGCUUUCCAGGUUCUAAUGUGUGUGUUGUUCACUCAGAGAAUGGACUGCUGCUCUUCAAUGAGGUACUCCGCCAUUGUUCAGGAUCCACUGAAAUCCAAUCCCUCUGCCCGCGGCGCCCGGGCCGCCAGCACCCGUCUGUACUCUGCUGCUCCCAGGGAGCAGCGAGCCCGGCCCGGGUAGA